AUGCAUAUAUCCAUAAAUCUUCAUGAAAAUAGCGCAUAUAUUCACUAUUUCUUCAACUUAGCGGAUUCUAAGGUGGUCACGCCUCUAGGGCAUGACACCGGAAAGUUCCUGAGAGCACUCUACCAGCGGCUUGGGGUCAAACCAGCAUUCUCCUCUGCAUACCAUCCUGAAUCAGAUGGACAAACAGAAAGGGUGAACCAGUUUAUUGAAUUCUACCUCCAGUCCUAUGUGGCCGCUGAUCAUUCAGACUGGACCACUUGGUUACCUUUGGCAGAAUAUGCAUACAAUAAUGCCAAACACACGUCUGCAGGAAAGGCCCCCUUUGAGUUGGUCUAUGGAAGAAAUCUGGUAAUGAACCCAUCCAACAUGCCAUCCAAUGUUCCAGAGGCAGACCAAGUAGCCAACACCCUGGCCAAGGAGUGGAAAGAAGCCAAAGCAGCCCUUAGGAUGAGCAAGGAAAGGAUGACCAGAGACAAAGGAACAACCCUGGAAUAUUCAGUUGGCAAAAAAGUAUGGCUAGACGGAAAAAAUGUGGAACUCAGGACCAAUUCUAAUAAGUUGGAUCCUAAACAACUAGGUCCCUUUGAAAUCACAGAAAAGCUUUCCAGCCAUGCCUACCACCUGAAACUCCUGGAAACUCUGAAAAUUCACAACAUGUUCUAUGUAGGGUUGCUGUCUAAAACCCACAAAUCCCCUAAUCAGCUGUUCCCAGAACACCCCCCUCCUGAAACAAUAGAAGGGGAGGAGGAGUACAAAGUAGAGCAAAUUAUUGAUUCCAAAAGACAACAGGGAAAAUGGUUCUAUUUGAUCAAAUGGAAAGGAUAUGGCCCAGAAGACAACUCAUGGGAACCUGAAGAACUGCUGAAGCAUAGUCAGGAAGAGAUCAGCCGCUUCAACAAGUCACAACUAAAAAGGCUUGUGAUUCCACCAAGAGCCUUUAAGGGGGGGGGCAAUGUUAUAACCUCCUAA